GCUGUUCCCAUCCAGUCUAGCGUGGUGCUGUGCUCCUGCUCAUCCCCAUCAAUGGUGAGGAACCAGGCCGACUCCAGCGCUCCGUCUGUCCCGUCUGUCCUUUCCACCUGUGGCAGCAGACAGGGGGCCACCAUGGAGGGCACUGCAGCUGAAUCAAGAGCCAGUUCAAACUCCUUGCAGCAGCACACAGGACAGCAGCCUCCGCAGCCUCGAAAGAAGCGACCCGACGACUUCAAAUUUGGGAAAAUACUGGGUGAAGGAUCUUUUUCAACGGUUGUCUUGGCUCGAGAGUUGGCAAGUUCCAGAGAAUAUGCCAUUAAAAUUCUAGAAAAACGUCAUAUCAUAAAAGAAAACAAGGUGCCAUAUGUGACACGAGAAAGAGAUGUAAUGUCCCGCCUGGAUCACCCUUUUUUUGUGAAACUCUACUUCACCUUUCAGGAUGAUGAAAAGCUAUAUUUUGGGCUUAGCUAUGCCAAAAACGGAGAGCUGCUAAAGUACAUACGCAAAAUUGGCUCAUUUGAUGAGACCUGUACCAGGUUUUAUACUGCUGAAAUUGUAUCAGCCCUGGAGUAUUUGCAUGGGAAAGGAAUAAUUCACAGGGACCUUAAGCCAGAGAACAUCUUGCUAAAUGAAGAUAUGCACAUUCAAAUAACAGACUUUGGAACAGCGAAAGUAUUAUCUGCAGAUAGCAGACAAGCGCGGGCAAACUCGUUUGUGGGGACAGCGCAGUACGUUUCUCCAGAGCUGCUGACGGAGAAAUCUGCCUGUAAAAGCUCUGACCUCUGGGCUCUGGGAUGUAUAAUAUAUCAGCUUGUAGCUGGAUUGCCUCCAUUUAGAGCUGGAAAUGAGUAUCUUAUAUUCCAGAAGAUAAUAAAGUUGGAAUAUGACUUUCCAGAAAAAUUUUUUCCCAAGGCAAAAGACCUUGUUGAAAAGCUAUUGGUUCUAGAUGCUACCAACAGAUUAGGUUGUGAAGAAAUGGGAGGAUAUGGACCUCUUAAGGCUCAUCCCUUCUUCGAAUCCAUUGUGUGGGAGAACCUACAUCUUCAGACACCUCCAAAACUUACAGCGUAUUUACCCGCCAUGUCAGAGGAUGAUGAAGACUGUUAUGGAAAUUAUGACAAUCUCCUGAGUCAGUUUGGUUGCAUGCAAGUUUCUGGCUCUGCCUCUUCCCAUUCACUGUCAGCCGCAGAGACAAGUGCCCCACAGACAUCAGGAGGAAACAUUGAACAGUACAUUCAUGAUCUUGACAACAAUUCCUUUGAGCUGGACUUACAGUUUUCUGAAGAUGAAAAGAGAUUACUUCUGGCAAAGCAAGCUGGUGGAAAUCCUUGGCAUCAGUUUGUAGAAAACAACUUAAUCCUAAAAAUGGGUCCAGUGGACAAAAGAAAGGGAUUGUUUGCACGUCGGCGCCAAUUGCUGCUGACAGAAGGGCCCCACCUGUAUUACGUGGAUCCUGUCAACAAGGUCCUGAAAGGAGAAAUUCCCUGGUCUUUAGAGUUGCGGCCAGAAGCCAAGAAUUUCAAGACGUUUUUUGUUCACACACCAAACAGGACAUAUUACCUGAUGGACCCGAGUGGGAAUGCUCAUAAGUGGUGCAAAAAGAUACAUGAAGUUUGGCGGCACAGAUACCAUCAGAAUGCUGCUAAAUAGUAAAGCUCAUCCAAAAUGUCCCAGUUUCCCUACUUGCUGCUAGAACUCCGUGUGCAGCUGAUCAGAGGAAUCUUUUCAACCCACCUGUUACCAUCUCAAGGGGAAGCGGAUGUCUGAAAUGUUCUGGUUU